AUGAAGAGUCUAACUAUUUUUCUAUAUUUUAUCUGGAUAUCAAAGGCUUUCGAACCUGUUCUAUUCGACUUGAGUCCGUAUGGAAACCAAUUUCAACCAGCAGAUUCAAUCGAACUUCUUGCAGCAUUUCACAAUAUUUCCUCAGUUCUUCGUUGUACUUUAAUUUGCUACAAGAAUAUACAAUGCCUCACGUUCGAUUAUGACGUCAACUCGCAACAAUGUCGUCUUUUUGAAGGAUCUGCUGAUACAGGCGCACUUAUAUCCUCUUCUGCGACAACCAAGGUUGGUUGGGUCGUUUUAAAUCACUUGUUAUACAAUUUCUAUAAUUUUACAAGUGAUAAAUGCACCAACGAUCGAUUUUUGUACAGUGAUAAUGUAUCUGGUUUGUGCCAAUGUGUCAUACACACAUUUUGGAAUGGAUCUAUAUGUGUUAAUCAACGAUAUUCAAAUCAAGGAUGUAUUAAUGACAACUGGUGUCGAACCGAUCUAAAUCUUACCUGUGUUUCAUCGAUGUGCACUGAUGCUGCGAAUUCUCCAACAACUCAAUUACUCAAUACAACACAAACGUCACAGCUGACUAGUAUGCACACGACACAGAUAUUAGCAACCACUGACUCGUAUACAACAGAUAAUCCUCAGUGCGUUUUUCUAUCUUCAACAAGUAAUACAUUGUUGUAUAUUCUCAAUCCAAAUUCUUCUAUUUAUCCUGUAUACACUUGUUAUGCAUAUACAUGGAUAGCAACAGGUCCAUCGGCGACAUUAUCUUUUUUCUUUCGUCAUGAUCCGGGUGGUUGGAUGAUCGACGACGUUACAGUGUAUCACAACUCAACACAGUUAAUUGUUAAUGGAGGAUUCGAAACAGGUAAUUUAAGUGCCUGGAGUCUUACCGGCACAUGCAAUCUCAAUUACGGACAAGUUUAUUAUGGCAGUACCUACGCUAAAUCGGGUAAUUGGUAUUAUUAUGAUCGAUGCGCUGGAGCUGGAAAUGGUGAUACAUUGAGUCAAACAUUUAAUACAGUCGCUGGUGACACCUAUUAUGUUAGUUUUUGGCUAACCAAUUAUGACUGUUGCAAUACAACUGAAAUUGCCAAUAUUACAUUGAUGUAA